GUGGUGGCGGCGGCGGCGGCUGUGGCAACAUGGACGACCUGGAUGCAUUGCUAGCUGACUUGGAAUCUACUACCUCCCACAUCUCCAAGCGGCCGGUCUUCCUGUCAGAGGAAACAUCUUAUUCCUAUCCAACUGGAAAUCAUACAUACCAGGAAAUCACUUUACCUCCUCCAGUGCCACCCCCUCCUUCCAAUGAGGCCUUAAAUGGGACGGUAAACGACCCUUUAGACCAGUGGCCAGCCAGCCUCUCCAGAAACAUUCACCAGCAGCCACAGUCCCAGUCUCCUGUCUACAACUCCAGUGCCUCUGUAUCCAGAGAGUGUGGUAUCUCUCCUUCUCGUGCAAGUGAAGAGGAACACGUCUAUAGUUUCCCAAACAAGCAGAAGUCUGCAGAACCAUCCCCUACCCUGAUGAGCUCUUCGCUAGGCAAUAACCUGUCAGAACUGGACCGGCUCCUGCAGGAACUCAACGCUGUUCAGCACAACGCUCCCGGCAGCUAUCCAGCAGAUGAAGCUGCUAGGAGCCCCUCUUUGCCCAGUGGGGCUGGAUCUCACUACGGCGUCUUGGAGAACACUACCUCUUUGAACACACAGCCAGCAGCCCCAGCCAAGGAGAAGCCCAAGCGGAAUGGAGGCCAUGCCGUUGAGGACGUGUGCCCCAGUGUGGAAAGCCUUCUGGAUGAACUGGAAAGCUCCGUGCCUAGUCCAGUUCCAGCCAUCACUGUGAAUCAAGGCGAGGUGAGCAGCCCCCAGCGGGUUACCUCCAGCCAACAACAGACUCGCAUCUCCGCCUCAUCGGCCACGAGAGAACUGGACGAACUCAUGGCUUCGCUUUCAGACUUUAAGUUCAUGUCUCAAGGGAAAAGUGGAAAUAACUACCCGUCCUCAGCUCUUCCCAAACCCGGCAGCCAAUUGGACAGCAUGCUUGGAAGCCUUCAGUCUGACUUGAACAAGCUCGGGGUAGCGACGGUUGCCAAAGGGGUCUGCGGGGCCUGCAAGAAACCAAUUGCUGGGCAGGUUGUGACAGCAAUGGGGAAGACCUGGCACCCCGAACACUUUGUCUGCACCCACUGCCAGGAGGAGAUCGGGUCGCGGAACUUCUUCGAGCGUGACGGCCAGCCCUACUGUGAGAAGGACUAUCACAACCUCUUCUCCCCUCGUUGCUACUACUGCAAUGGUCCCAUCCUGGAUAAAGUGGUGACAGCCUUGGACAGGACAUGGCAUCCAGAGCACUUCUUCUGCGCGCAGUGUGGAGCGUUCUUUGGCCCUGAAGGAUUACAUAGGAUUAUGCGGUGCUCAGAGCUGGGCUUGACUGGUUUUGCUGCCUGUGCCAAAGAAGACACAGGGGACUGGCACUUCAGUCCUGGUGGCAAGGCAGUGCCUCCCACCACCCUCGAGGGUUUUCUGGCCAGCCCUAGUCAGGAGAUCCUGUGGGUGGUCAUCGCUGAAGAACUGCAGGCCAUCAACUCUGGACAGCCCCGGCUGCACACCAUCAAAAUUGUCCUUCACUUCCCGGUUUUUCUGCAGAGCCGGGAAUGCUUCACUCCAUUUAUUAACGGCAGCUUCUUUGAACAUGACGGCCAGCCCUACUGCGAGGUGCAUUACCACGAACGCCGCGGCUCCCUCUGCUCGGGCUGCCAGAAGCCCAUCACGGGGCGCUGCAUCACGGCCAUGGGCAAGAAAUUCCACCCGGAACACUUUGUCUGUGCCUUUUGCCUCAAACAGCUCAACAAAGGAACCUUCAAGGAGCAGAAUGACAAGCCGUACUGUCAGAACUGCUUCCUGAAACUCUUCUGUUAAGGCCCUCCCGCUGCCCUCUUUUUUUUCUGCUGACCUGCAAGGAAAUCUCGCUUCUUUGGAAAUCUUUGGAGCCGCAUCGUUUCAGCGAGCCGGGAGGCCUUGGUAGUCUCACAACAGGAGAAGAGCGACUCCCUGUCUCUUUCUCUCUCUCCCUCUGUCUCUCUCUCUCUCUGUGCACAUGCAGACCCGUGUGUCCAUGGUGAAACGACACAGGGUAGAAUGAGAUGCUUAGCACUGCUCUUGAAAGGUGGUUAAAUCCAGAGACAAAGGCCCAAUGGACCAGUCAUUUGGCAGCUCCUCUUUAGCAAGGAGACACCAAGAACCUGCCUUAUUUGAUGAGUUGGACCGUCGAGCCAUCCUGGCCCACCUUGGGUAGGAGAAUUGGCAACCUCUGUUGGCUGUGUUGUGUGUUCUUGCUAGUAAAUAAUAUGGUGUCAUCUUGAGGACACAAGAAAAGAAAUAUUCUCCGUAAGAACACACAGCCCAGCACCACCCAGCGAUGGCCUUCUUGACGGGUGAGUUUUGAGCAGAGCUUGUUGGCGUUCUUUUUGGGAAUGCCAGUUCCUAGAAUCCCCCAACCGGCAGCUCCCGUGAGCGUGACUUGAGGGAGUCUGGAAAUUGUCGUUCAAAAACUAAACGGCUUCACGCUCUGGGUCUUAGGAAUACGAACCUUGCAACCUUGCCAACAAGCAUCGCAGUCUCCUCCUGGCCCCACAUUUCCCCCCUCUUUGCUCCUUUAACCCUGGUGCCUGAUCAGAGGGUACGUGUUUGUUGACUUGUUUGUGCCACCCAUGCCAAACGGGAGAUUUCCCUGUUCUGAGAUAUUAUAUUUUCCGCUGUGGCUGCCCUCAAAACUCCCCCAAACCAAGGUGCUCUUGGCAAGGCUGGGGAAGCGGCUGUUUUCGGAGGAUAUCCUGAUGAGCGAACCAUCCUAGCCUCCCUUAACCUAAGAGUUUUGGGCAGAUAUAAUCAACCUGUAUUGUGAGUUCACCUGGAAGGCGAGAGAAAAUCUCUCAGCAUUGCCUUUUUAAAUUUCUGUCCUGUCUCUGCUGUUCUUCCACAAGCCUCUCUCUUGGCUAUUGUGAAGUAUCCUUUACAGAGACAGAAGUCUGAGCAAUAAUCCUUUUUUCUACUGGCUUAAUAGUUUUAAUACAUGCCUCAGUGCAUUCUCUCUCUCCUUCUCUCUCUCUCUCACACGGUGUAUGAGAGAGACUUAACUUUUGGUAUCAAACCGAAUACUGUGUGUUUGGAUGGUGAUAUAACUGAUUUCUACACUGAGUUUUGAAUUCAUAACAAAACAACUUCUAAAUCUCUUAUAUAAAAUGUUUAGUUUUUUGAAAUAAUUUUCUCAACAAAUGACUUUCAUAUCUUGAUCGUUCUGGGCCGGGCCCUGGUUGUGUUGGUUCCUGCAUCUAUAGCCUUUGAUGCUUUGUUAAACACAACUAUUAACAUGAUGAGUAUUGUCUUUUUAAAAUUAGGGGUGCGGUGGGGUGGGACACGGGGAAAAUGUGCAAGGAGUGUGUGUGUGGUUAUUAUUAUUAUUAUUAAUUUUGCUUUUUAAGUAGCUUUUCUAUUGAUCAGAGCUCAGCUGGAACAGAUUUUAAAACAAACAGUAAUUCAGAAACUGCUGUACUUUGAAUUAUUUGCCUUUUCCUCAAAGCCAGGAUUUCAAAGAGAGCCUUACACUUACCUAAUCAGGAAAAAGAAUUCAAAUAUGUAUAAGGUUUUGUAAUCUGUUCCAGAGGCUGAUGUGUCUGUGGAUUUCCUGAUUAACGUUAACAUAAUAUUUUUGGACAGCUGUAUCACAGUUUAACCCUGCAGUGUGAGAGAGCUAAGACUAUCAUGUUUGCUAUGUUGCAUAUUGCUGUCCAGUGUGUUUUUGGAGGCCAUUUGUCUCAAGUCCACAGGGAUUAAGCAGAAAUGUACCCAAGAGAAAAGCAGGCAGAAAUGCAGAGCUCAGUCUGGAACAGAACAAGGUGCACAGAACAAGGUGUCCCCUAUCACCACCACUAUCCAGGAGUGCCAAAAAUUCAAGCUGUCUCACCUUCUGCCCACUUCUCUUGCUGCAUCUUAGCACCUCCAGGAGGACGAGAAAGCUCAUCCACCCCAAUACACGCAUGAAUGUGAAGCUUUCCAACUAUUAUUGGAAUAGAAGAACUCCGUAGGGCCUAGCCAGGGGAAGAAAGGGUUGGAUUAAGACAGGCUGAGCCACUAAACUGUGUUAAAAUUAAGAAGCCCUGUGGCAGUACCGAAAAUGGUUAUUUUGCUUUGCUUUGCAUUUGGAGGCCCCUCGCAACUGGAGUCCCGAAACAGAAGCUGGGUGAAGUUUUUCUGUAAAUGUGGCAGACAUGGCGGAGGGCAGAAACUGCAGUCUAGCAGCAUCUGGAAACCCACAUCUGUCCACUCUGCUUUACAACAUGGGAGCACACGUCCUUCACCACUGCAUUAACCAUAUAAGGGACCCAAACAGCUUACAGUAAUUGUGAACUUAAAAACGGUCGUUUGUUUGGUGGAUCUCCCAGAACCAUCGGCCCGCAUGGCUUAGCCCCUCCCCACACCCCAAUUUAGUUUCCAAACUCUGGGCACGAGGCAAUGCCAGGCAAGCCAAAAAGUAAUAAUAAGCCUCAGGGAAG